AUGUUGCAGCUCACAAACUACCAGGAACAAAAGCAGGAUAUUAAAGAACCAGCCAAAACAUCUAAAUAUUCCACUGUCUCCCCUGCAUUGACAUUCUUCCACAUUCCCAUUCCAGAAAUUAAACAAGGACCUUUUAAGGAUAUUGUUGGCCAGUACAGGGAAUAUGUAGCUUGUUCAUUUGUAAACUCUGGAGUCCUGAAGACACUUGUCUCUAUGGGAGACGUAAAGGCUGUGUUCAUAGGUCAUGAUCACAAGAAUGACUUCUGUGGAAAUCUAGAUGGCAUUUGGUUUUGUUAUGGAGGAGGGUUUGGAUAUCACGGUUAUGGUGUUGCCGGGUGGCCAAGGAGGGCAAGAGUCAUUUUGGCAGAACUCGGUAAAGGGGAGAAGUCAUGGAAUGGAGUAGAGAAGAUCAAGACAUGGAAGCGACUCGAUGAUGGGAUGCUGAGCAAAAUUGAUGAGCAAAUCCUUUGGGAGAGAUGA